GGUGUUGGUAGCCCUAUUUAAUUUGAAAUAUCAUAGACAUAUUCUUAUUUUUAAUAUUUUCUUAAAGUUGUAAUUUAUAAAAUAAAUCAAUGUAUUGAUUACGUUCAUUGUUUAAGAAAUUAAUCAAAAACACCACUUAAUAAUGAUUAAGGCAAUUUUAGUGUUCAACAACCAUGGAAAACCACGGCUAUCAAAAUUCUAUCAAUAUUUCAAUGAGGAUAUGCAGCAGCAGAUCAUUAAGGAGACAUUCCAGCUCGUCUCCAAGAGGGAUGACAAUGUCUGUAAUUUCCUCGAAGGUGGCAGCCUUAUUGGUGGGUCGGACUACAAACUAAUUUAUAGACACUAUGCAACACUGUACUUCGUGUUUUGCGUCGACUCCUCGGAAAGUGAGCUGGGCAUCUUAGAUCUCAUUCAGGUAUUCGUGGAGACAUUAGACAAGUGUUUCGAGAACGUGUGUGAGUUGGACCUGAUAUUCCAUGCUGACGCAGCUCACCAGGUGCUGGAUGAGCUGGUGAUGGGCGGCAUGGUGCUACAGACUAAUAUGGCUGAUAUACUGUGCCGGCUGCAGGAGCAGAACAAGAUGCAGAAGGCCGAGGCGGGUAUAUCGGCAGCGCCUGCUCGCGCCGUGUCUGCAGUCAAGAGCAUGAACCUACCGCAGCAACUGCGAGACAUGAAACUACCAGACCUGCCGCAAGCCAUCAAGGACCUGAAAUUCUGACCGCUACAGCAGGGCGCAUACCCCGCCACGCCCGUUGCCAUAGCGACCAAUAUCCUCAACACAAUCUACCCACAGAACGAGAAAUACCAGAACCUCCACAAAACCGAGAAUUUCCACAGCAAGUUUUUCGGUUCGGAGACCCUAAGUACAAAAUUUUCAGAAUCAUUUACAGAGAACUACCAACAGACGGAUGGUGUGAAUUUUCCAAAUUAUGAGACUCAUAAAACUGAUGGGUAUCAGGAUUUGAGUGGGAAUACUAUGGAA